UGAUGUCAGAGAGUGGGCGUGGCCUUUCAAAGACGUAGCUGGAAGUAGUUGCAGUAGUGAGCUGAACUCACAGAGUGAGGCGUUCAGGAAACAGGAUGGUUACAGAAGGUGAACCUGGGAGCCUGGUAAAGGUCUUCCACCUGCUUGUACUAUCUGCCUCCUGGGGCAUGCAGUGCUGGACGACAUUUGUAGCAGGGUUUGUGCUAAUCAGAGGAGUUCCCCGGCACACAUUUGGAUUAGUACAAAGUAAGCUGUUUCCGUUUUAUAAUCACAUUGUGUUGUGCUGUGCCUUCCUGAAUCUGGCGAUCUACGCAGGGUAUCACCCCCGGGACCUGCUGUCACCCAGUGAGAGUGUACAGAUGGCGCUGUUCUUCAUUUCCCUUGUUUUGUCUGCACUGAAUGCACGCUGGUUUUCUCCAUCCACUUCUAAGAUCAUGAUUAAACUGUACACUAUUGAACGGGAACACGGACUAGGAGGAGAUGUGGGACUGGCUGCCAACGCAGAGGGUUACAAGCGUCUGAAGGAGCAGGACCCCAAAUACAGAGCCCUGCGCCAAAGCUUCAUGCGCUACCAUGGAAUCUCCUCACUGUGUAACCUCAUCUCUCUAAUUUGCAAUGGAGGCAACCUGAUAUACACAGCUCUGUUGUUGCCCACUAUAUAGAGAAAUCUCAGACAACCUAUCCUUUUUAACACACAUGUUCCUUCCUAUCUACCAUAAGUCACUGGACUGUAACGUUUGCCAGAAGGAAAAUAAAUAUUUUUUUUAAUAUACAUUUUGUCAUUUUAAAAAAAUGUCACAGUUAAAAAAAAGAAAAAUAAAUACAAAAUAACCAUGCAAUGCAUAUGAUUUUGUAUAGAGGAAUAUGAAAUGUUAUUGUUUUUAUAUUUUUGUAAGUUUAAUGAUUGUUCAUAGUGCAAAGGUUACACAUAAAAAAGGAAUCCAAUGUGAUUUGUAUGAAAGAAUAUUAAAAUAGUUUUAUGGCAUAAGA